CUGCUGACUGUUGAACAUUUUAGUUUAGUGUUUGCGUAAAAGUAUACAGCAACGCGUUAAAUAUUCGAGAGUAAAAAACUCUGCUAUUUUUCUGUUUCAUUUCUGAAAUACUUUACAUACAGAAUAAUUUUUGUUGUUUUUCCGUAAAUAUAACAAAAAAGGAAAAAAAAGAAAAAGCAACGAGAAAACAAAGAAGUUCACGUAUUAGCCAACUGGAUAAAUUUAGAACGAAAAAGAGUCAUGUGUUGCAUUCAAGGAGUUUUCAAGUAAAAUCGAGUUUAAGCGAAAAAGAUAAAGACUUGAAUUAUUGAUUUGCAUCAUGGAUUGGUCUGAAGGUGAUUUAGUUUGGUUUGAUCCUGGAAUGGGUCAUCCGAUACCCGGUGAAGUGCAAGAAGUCCAUCGCGCUGCCCAAGUAAUAGUUGUACAAGCUCUCAUUAAAAAUAAGCCCCAAACGUUUGCCUUGCAACCAGGCGAGGGUAACCUGCGGCCACGUCAAGAUUUGGAUAGUAGCGGGGUCGAAGAUAUGACUAUGCUAGAUGACUUACAUGAAGCCUCUCUACUAUGGAAUUUGCGGUUACGUUAUGAUAAAGGACUAAUUUAUACAUUCGCUGGCAGUAUUUUGAUUGCUGUCAAUCCGUAUAAAAUGUUUCCAGAUUCAUAUGGGUUGGAAGUGGCCAAACAGUACGCUGGAAAGCCAUUAGGAAAUAUGCCGCCGCAUCUCUUUGCGAUAGGGGCUGCUGCCCAUUCUGCAUUACCUUCGCCGCAAGUUGUGGUGAUUUCUGGUGAAUCAGGUUCAGGCAAAACCGAAUCAACAAAACUCGUUAUGCAAUAUUUGGCGGCGGUGGUACCAGGUGGGGGAUCUGCUUCAGCGGUAAUCACUGAACAAAUUCUUGAAGCUGCGCCUUUGCUAGAGGCCUUUGGUAACGCGCGUACCACCCGUAAUGAUAAUAGCUCACGUUUCGGUAAAUAUUUGGAAGUUUAUUUUAAAAAUGGAGCUAUAGUUGGUGCUAAAAUUACGCAAUAUUUGUUGGAGAAAUCUCGCAUUGUUACCCAAGCUCCCGGGGAACGUAACUAUCAUGUAUUCUACGAAAUGUUGGGUGGUUUGAGUGAGCCAGAACGUAACAAAUAUGGUCUUUUGGAAGCUGACAAAUAUUUUUAUUUGAAUCAAGGGGCUACUGAUUGUGCGCCCGGUCGUGUGGAUUGGGGUUCACUGCAAAGUGCUAUGCAAGUUCUUGGCGUUUCUGAGGGAGAACGGGAAGGUAUCAUACGUGUAUUGGCGUCAGUACUUCACUUGGGCAAUGUUUAUUUCCAUCGCCGUCAAUUACGUCAUGGACAAGAAGGUGUUGAAGUUGGUUCAGAUGCAGAAAUUAAAUGGGCUGCACACCUGUUGCAUAUUUCAGCCGAAGGUUUACAUCGUGCUUUAACCAGUCGUAUUACAGAAGCUCGCUCGGAAAGACUUCACACACCUUUAGGAAUAGAUCAAGCUCUUGACUCGCGAGAUGCCUUUGCGAAGGCUCUGUAUGCGGGUCUUUUCAAUUGGCUAGUAUCUCGUAUUAAUUCGAUCGUUCAAAAGGGAGGCACUCAUGAUGCUCAUCGCAUAUCGAUUUUGGAUAUUUUUGGAUUUGAGGAUUUGGCUGAAAAUUCUUUCGAACAAUUGUGCAUUAACUAUGCUAACGAAAAUUUGCAACUUUACUUUAACAAGCAUGUUUUCAAAUUGGAACAAGCAGAAUAUUCGCGUGAACGCUUAGAAUGGACGCCUCUGACAUGGGAUGACAAUUUACCGGUUAUACAUCUUUUGGCAAAAAAGCCUGUGGGCAUAUUCCAUUUAUUGGAUGACGAAUCAAACUUUCCUAGAGCAUCUGAUAUGAGUUUUUUGGAAAAAUGUCACUACAAUCAUGCCUUAAAUGAAUUGUAUUCUCGACCUCGUAUAGGAGCUCAAGAGUUCGGCAUUACACAUUAUGCCGGCCAAGUUUGGUAUUGUGUUGACGGUUUUUUGGAUAAAAAUCGUGAUGCUUUACGCAGCGAUGUGUUGGAGUUAUUGGGUUCGAGCAAACUUCAAUUAGUGGUAGAUCUUACCAAACAGUUAAGAGCUCAACGGGAUUCUGGAAAAACUUUGCCCAAAGGAAACAAUGGUCGUUUUGUGACGAUGAAACCACGCACUCCCACGGUAGCGGCGCGUUUUUCAGAUUCUUUGCAACAGCUGCUGCAAUCAAUGGGACGCUGUAAUCCAUGGUUUGUGCGCUGUAUAAAGCCAAACAAUGAAAAGCUUUCUCUUAAAAUGGAUAUGCCAUGCGUACUUCAACAGUUGCGUUAUUUGGGCAUGCUUGAUACUAUUCGUAUACGUCAACGCGGUUAUCCGGUGCGUUUGCGAUUUCAGCAUUUCGUUGAACGUUACCGUCAUAUGAUGAGAACGCCGUUACCAAGAGGAACUCCGUAUAGAGAACUUUGCCGGAUUCUGUUGGAAUCUAUGCCCAGCACUAGUAUUGAAGGUCCAGAUUAUCAGCUAGGCGCUACUAGAAUAUUUUUACGUGAAGCCUUGCAUCGUAUACUAGAAACUGGACGUUCCGAUUGUUUAAAAACGGCUGCUGUAGUUAUUCAGAAGAAUGUCCGUGGUAUGUUAGUCCGUCGGCUUAUUUCGCGUAAAAAAGUGGCUGCGAUUCGAAUACAAGCAAAAUGGAAAGGGUAUCGUGAACGCAAAAAUUUCCAAGCCUUACUGGAGGCAGUUUUGAAAGCCCAGGCUCUGUGGCGUGGUAAAUUAGGACGCAAGCACGUUGAAAAAUUGCGUGUAGAACACAAGAGGCGCUUAGAGGCACAGAAAGCUCAAAAGGAACGUGAAGCUAAGAAAUUAGCGCGAGAGAAUUUGGAACGCAGUCAACUUUCUUAUUUAGAUAUUCCAGCGGAAUUGGCUUUUAUAUAUUCAAAAAUUGAUGGUUGGACUCCUUUGCAUGGCGAUCGUCAUCUAGUGAAAGUAGUAGGCACUGUGCCUGGGCCGCCUGUCUCCGCCGAUCUGCCUAAGGAUCUUGAUCAGUUUUCUUUUGGAAAGUUUAGUUCUGUUUAUUGCAACGGGUUGCGUCUUUCUCCACGAAGGGAACCUAUUACUGCACCUUUUCUAACUAGAGCCGCUUCUAGAGAUCAGGAUUUUCAAAAUGCGUUAGCAGUUUUCAAAUUGAUAUUGCGCUGGGCAAAUGAUAAAAUGAUGGAUGGCAACAAAGAAAAGGUCCUAUCUGACUACAUUGUUCAUAAAGGGCUCUCUUCACGUGGAUUACGCGAUGAAAUAUUAGUUCAGCUGUGUAAUCAAGUUUAUACCGCUGAUGAAGAUCAGGCUAUGCGCAUAUGGCAAUUGAUGGCACUUAGUUUAUCUUGUUUCCAGCCUGGACCAGCAUUUAGUAAAUAUUUGAUCAAAUUCAUUGUGGACAAUGCUCCUGAUUCUAUCCGAGAUAUUAUGUUAAAAAAAAUCCUUCGCAAUACCGGAAGCACGAAUACGCAAGCUUGUAGAAACUUUCCCCCUUCGUGGGUGGAAUGGCGAGCCGUUACGCGCUUGUCCGAUAUAGCAGUGGCGUUAACGUUACCCGAUGAUGUUAUUCAAACAGUCGCUAUUGAUUCGUGGACUACUUGUGAGGAAGCCGCUUCUCUAGCUAUAUCCACGCUGGGAAUAUCUAAUCGUGGUUGGACAGUUGUAUUUGAUGACGGAAAAUUAAUCAGUGACUCCUGCGGCUUAGAUUAUGUUCUUGACUUAAUAUCUGAAAAGGAACUUUGUCCCGCUUUUCCAGCACUGCGUAGUGACUUGAUGACCACAGGCGCAAAGUUUAAUAGAUUUAUAAUGCCAGAAAGUGAAACAAAUACACCUAAAAGACCCCAAGUACCACCGCCAGAACCACCCAAGAUUAAAGUAAAUCCAAUCAGCGAAUCACCAAUUUCUGAUUCAAAUAAUGAGCAACCGAUUCGAAAGAACUCAAGAAAUCUACUUUCCAGAAGUUCAGCUUUAAAUGAACGAUACUUUGAACAAGAAAAAACAAGGUCGAAAUCAUUAGACGAUUUGCUAACAGGUAAUGAUACCGACUUGGAACCUUCCACAGAACCAGAACCCUUAACCGAGCUGGGUCUUUCUGAAAGUCGUCUAAAUGACCGAUAUCAUUCUGCUGAACGGCUUACUCCAAACAUGGGUAAGGACGGAGGACCUCGUUAUCAAAAAUCUCAAUACGCUGGACGUCGUUCACACGCUGGUUCACAUUCGAGUAAAUAUGUUGAUAAGUCGGAAUAUGCAACACGUUCUUCUGCCAUGUCGGAUACUAGUGAAGCUCCGUCCUUGGCAUCACACGUACGCCGAGUGCGCGUACCGUCCCAAGCAUCGGAUGUUGACCAAUUUUUAGAUGAUUUAUUUAGUCCCGUAUUGGAUGGCUCUUUAGACGAACUCUCAGACGCGAGGUCUUUGGCUGCCAGUAUACGUGGAGGUAAAUCGGUGGAAUAUAGAGAUGGGAAUGAUUUUUUCGAAGCCCCUUUCGUUGAUGAAGACAUGCUGUGGAAAGUGUCUUGUUUAAGUCAAAAAAUUAAAGGAGGUGGCGAAAAAAGUGGCGGAGAAGCAAAUUCAGCCAAUUUGGACGAAUAUAUUACUGGACUGUUCAAACCAAUUUUUGUUAACGACGCUGUUAAAGUUUUAACAGAACAAAACGAUCUAAUAGAAACAAUUAAAGGAGGAGGUGGAACUACACAUAGUCCGCAGAAACCUACAAGUAGUUUUGUUACUUCUCCAAUUAUCGGACCUAUAAGCCCUUUAUUAGGCAACUCUGAUAGUUUAUUGCAAAUAGUCAAUAUUCCGCCAGACGCCGAUCCAGCUAUAUAUCAGCAUCAGGUGCAAAGAGCAUUUCUACAAUCGGCUAUGGCACAAAAUUUACAGAUUCAGCAGCAACUCUUGGCUCAGAAUCAGGCUUUGCAAACCUUACUCAGUCAGCAAGAUUCAGCAGCUGGUACUACUUCACCUCCUCUCAUACCAGUAUUAGCUGCAGUGCAGCAAACGCCAGGUGCAAAUAAUAGCAUAACGACGAAGAUGAACAUAACAGCUGCCGAACCGCAAAGACACAUUCGUAAACAAAGUGUUAAAAAUCGAAUUUCUCAAUUUUCAGAAAAUGAACGCAAUCGUAAGGCUUCCUCAGAAAGUAAUGGAUCUUUAAUUCCUCCGCCACCACCUCCUCCAAUGCCUCCACCUAUUGAAAUCAAAGAUCCGUCAGAAACGCGGCAUUUCUUAGAUCCAUAUGGUCGUGCUAAAACUGUCAGAAUUGGAAAGUGGCGUUGGCCUCCGCCGCAGGAUGGGCCACAAUUUGAAACGGAAGAAGAUUUUUUUGCUUUUAAGAUGAGACAAAAUCAGCGCAAGACAACUCCUCAAUCCCAGUUAAAUAGUAGCAAUGGAUCAUUAGCGGGCUCCGUAAUGGAAUGGGAAGAAUAUGAAGUGGAUAAUUCGAAAAGUCCAUCACCAGCAGCUAAUAUGCCUAUACUAGCGACACAAAUUGUUAGAACUCAAAUUAAGGUCGAAACUGGAUCGAAAAAUAUCAAUAAUAAGCCAGUAUUUGAGCAAAUUCAACAACAAACCUCUAAGAUAACAAAAAAGAGUUUCGAAAUCGGAGCCGAUCGACCACCGCCAGGUAGUGUUGGUAAGCUAAAGCUAAGUUCAGAAAUGCGUCAACGGUUGGAACAAGUGACAGCUGGACAUUCUAUUCGUUCAACGGUCAGUACUAAGUCAGAACAACGAGCUCCUGCCAAAUUAGAAGACACUCGCAAAAUGAUGCUUCAACAGCAGUUAAGUGGACAUUUCGGUAACGUGGAAAUCGCUGUGCCGGAUGUGCAAUCUGUGCGUUCUCAAAUAGAGCGCAUGGAAGGUAAAUUAUCGCCUCAGCCCAAUUGGCCAUCGCAUGUACCACCUGCCCCCUCAAUACCAGCACCACCACCCCCUAUUAGACCGCCCAAUGUAGCACCACCAGCGCCGCCACCCGUGCCGAAGAGUCCGCCAGUCCAAUCAACAAAAAAGGAGGAAAAUGAUUAUAGAAGUCAAAAUAAAGAUGUACCGGCAUUUAUACAACGUCAAGAAAGGGACACCUUCGGCGUACGUCACAAAUGGAAUACCGCAGAGGAUUCGAAAAAUGUUUAUGAUUCUUGGGGUCGAUCAGAGGCAGCUAAAUUGGAUAUGGUGUAUGAAACCAGUUUUAAAAAAGAGAUUAAACAUGAGCGGGAUCGUUCUCGCUCCAGAUCUCGAUCAAGAGAUCGUGAUGAUUUCUCUGAGUCAGUUUGGGAUCGUACGGAAGUCGAAGGACCAGGAUCAAGCGGUAGUGAUCGUGAACGCGAAAAAGAGCGUGAAAAGCGUGAAAGAAUUUAUGAAAUGCGGCAAGUGGAACGUGAAAAGGAAAGCAAUAAAGUUUAUCAGCCAGCUCCACCUAAAGUAAUUACUGCUACUACUGAACGCUCUAACGACUAUGGAUCGACAAUUGAACGAAAGUACUCAUAUCAAGGGACAGUAUUGGAGCAAAAGAGAAUAGUUUGCGCAACAACUGUACCUAAUAAUAGUACUCCAGCUACAUUUCGCACUCACAUGGCUCAAAAAUAUGAAAAGGAACGGAAAAGAAAAACUUCAGCUUCAACCACAAUGUCGCAGAAUACACGGCGAGAUGAGGAAGUAGAUGUAGGGGAUGAAUGGCCUUUACCAGCUGUACCAGCGCCUGUUCUCGCACCUUCGUCUCUGAAAAGUCCAGCCAACGCAUGCCUUACUUAUAAUCGUGUGCCAUGGAAGUUAAGAGUUCGCAAAGAAGUCUUCCAUCCGAACGAACCUAUAGGCUCUCCAGUAGCUCUCGAUCUGCUAUUUGCCCAAGUGAUAUCUGACGUUUUCGGUAUUACACCCUCUCUACGUAUUUCUCCACAAGAAAAGACGGCCGCUAUAAACAUGUUAAGCGGUCACGGUGUUACAGUAGACACUAUUCACAGUCAAAAUGUACGUGCUCUUGUGAAGCGCCAUCUUAUAGAUUUAGCUCGUGAGUGGCCAUUGUAUUUUGCGCGUCUGUUUCCAAUUCAAGGUGCACCACAAUAUUCAGAUGUUUCAAUUAUGGGUAUAUCGCAUAAUGGCAUUUUUCUAGCGAGACGUGACGCCGAUUAUUUGAUUGUUGUGCAAUCUAUGCCGUAUUCGGAGAUACAAAAUAUAAUCACAUUGCCGAGACCGGCAUCAUUACAAUUAAAUUUGCGUAAUGGAAAAAUUGUCGCAUUACACGCCACUAGAGCAGCAGCUAUACAGGCGAUGGUUACCAGCUUUGUACAGGAAUUUAGAAAAACUCAAAUCAAACCAACAACUACACUAUCAUCGGGUGUUCGAGCCGCCGCACAGACACUCAAUGUGCCCAUUGAACGUCUUGAGUCGCGGCAAUCGAAUCAUCGUGAGCCCAAUAAUAACACUAGCAGUCAUACUUUGCGCAACGCUUCACCUCUGAUGGCAAAUAUCGCUUUUGAAGAACAGCAGCAACAUCAUUUUCAACAACAAUACCGUGAUCGUGAUCAUCAUUCGAGGAAUUUACUUAGUGACAGCAUGGAUCAUCAUUUACAUCAUAAUCAUUUUAAUGGCCAUUCGAGUAACGAUGACGACGAUCAUAUAAUUGUUAAUCGUUUGGAGUCGUCAUCGCAAGAACAAGGCUUACUUUUUACUGAUCAACAACAACAACAGCAAUCACAGCAGCAGCAACAAAAACAACAACUGCAGCAGCAACAUCAAUAUCCAAAGCAAAUGAGUUAUUUACAUACGGGACGUAAGGUACUAAGCAAUCAACAGCAACAACAUGCUGCGGCCGGACAUCUACGAGACAAUCCAAAUUCUAAUUCUGCAGCAAAUUUAAAUCAAAGCAUCGGCGAUGAUCAUGGCAGCGGUGAUGGAGGAGGUAGCGGUGGUGGUAACGGUAGCGGUGGCACCACAUCGCCAUCGGUGACACGUUAUUCGCUAUUGCAGUUCGCAAUGCAACAUUUUCGAAACGAUCGCGAAUCCAAUGAACGGUCUAGUAAUCGCCAUUACGCGGAUUUGGUGAAAUGGCAAGAUAGUCCGAUACAUGCACCGCUCUUGCGUUUGCCAAAUGAUUUGGCUCCUCUCGCAUUAGAAUGCUUUGAUUGCAUUUUACGUUAUUGCAGUGAUAUACCCAUGGAACCUGAAUUAAGUGAAGUCAAAUGCGUUUAUACGGUUCUCAUGCACUGUCACAAAUAUUUGGCAUUGCGCGAUGAGGUCUAUUGCCAGUUGAUGAAACAAACUACUGCAAAUCGUUCUUCUUGCCCGGAUUCUGCUCAAAGGGGUUGGCGUUUAUUAAGUAUUUUGGCGGCCUAUUUUGGUUGUUCGGAUGCUUUACGUCCCUAUUUAGUUGAACAUCUAACCUCAGCGGCCUCCGAUCGUAGACGUUCUUGUCAUGGUACCGCUGCGGUAUGUUUGACAAAUUUGCGAAAAACAGCCAGAUGCGGCGGUCGUAAAAAUGUCCCCAGCGUGGAGGAAGUGACCGCUGUGUCCGCUGGCCGUUCAGCCAGACGACAGAUAUAUCGUUUACCAGGCGGGGCAGAACGCGUAGUUAAUACACGGUGCUCGACAGUAGUAGCUGAUGUUAUAUCAGAGCUUUGCGCCCUUUUAGGUAUCGAAUCGGAGGUUGAGCAACAAGAAUUCUCCUUAUAUUGCAUUGUGCAAGGCGAUGCAUUCACUAUGCCUUUGGCAGCUGACGAAUACAUUUUGGAUGUGACUACCGAAUUGUUGAAAUCGGGUCAACCAUUCUAUUUAAUAUUCUGCCGUUCAGUUUGGCAUUUUUCACUGAAACGUGAUCCCGCACCUACGCCUCUCUAUGUAGAGGUAUUAUUCAAUCAGGUGGCUCCUGAUUAUUUGGAAGGUUUACUUUUGGAGCUGCCAAGCAAUGGUGUCCCUAUGCCUGAGGUAGUACGAGAUAUGGCUCGUAUCGCUGCUCUACUACAUAGAGCCGCUGACUUAAGUCAUGUGCCCGCCAUGAAAGAAAUAAAAUUCCUCUUACCAAAACCAGCUUUGGGUGUACGGGAAAUACGACCCGCCCAAUGGGUGGGUUUGGUUCAAUCCGUUUGGCCGCAGAUUGUAAAUUUAAGUCCUGGGCAAGUUAAAGCUCAAUUUCUGAAUGUACUGUCGGCAUGGCCAUUAUUCGGUAGCAGUUUUUUCGCUGUAAAACGAAUAUGGGCGGAAGAGGCUCCCCAUAUAGACGAAAAUCAUAUCUGGAGAGAUUUGAUACUGGCUUUGAAUAGGCGCGGCGUUUUAUUCUUGGAUCCCAAUACUCAUGAAACUUUACAGCACUGGCCAUUUAUGGAAGUUAUUUCCACACGCAAGGUGCGCUCUGAGAAUGGUGCCCUCUUUUUGGAUAUGAAAGUAGGCAACCUAAUGCAACAGCGUGUAAUCCGGGUACAAACUGAGCAAGCCCAUGAAAUAUCACGUUUGGUGCGGCAAUAUAUUACAAUGGCUCAAAUAAGUCAAAGAGAUAAAUAAACAUUCUUUAGCAUCAUAAUUCGCUUUUCUUC